AUGAAUGCCAUAAAACGAAAUACAAAUUUCCUGCGCUUCACUGCGGGACCCGUUAAAUAUUUCAAAGUCAUUGGCAUUUGCCUGCAACCGCCGGAAACGUUAAGCAUUAAGUUCGCACGUUUCCUAACAGUACUUACUACACUGUUGCUCUUCGUGCAUCAGAUAGCAUUCUUAGUAACGCCAGGACGUACAUUCGUCGAGCUGUCAGCCGCUGUUGGUCUACUCAACUACACCACCGUCGGUGCCGGCAAAAUACUAUUUUUAAUCUUGAAUCGUCAUUUGCUGCUGAAGAGCUAUACGCAAUUGCAGGCCAUAUACCCUAGUGAGGCGGUGGAGCGCCACUACAAGCUAGACCGUUAUUUGCUUAUUUACAAACGCGUUGAAACUUUGCUUUACAAUUUUUUCAAAUACAUUUUAAUUGUUUACUUAGUAUCGCCUAUUGUGCAGUCGUUCUAUGAUUUAUGGUCUAACGGUGCAUACUCUUAUCGCAUGCCGACAAUAAUCUGGUAUCCGGUGCCGUUGGAAGAGUCGCUAUUGGAUUCGGUUUCGCAGCUCAUGUUGCAUCUGGAUUUGUUGGCGCAACGCAUACUCGAACUGCAGCCAGCUGAGCAGGGGAGUAUGAAUGAUUUAAAAGCGAUUAUUGAGUAUCAUCAACGGAUUUUGACGCUCGCUCAAGAUGUGAAUAGCAUCUUUGCUCCUUCGAUCGUCUUCAGUUUGGCCUCUUCAUCGUUUAUACUCUGCUUUAGCGCCUACCAACUCUUGGAAGAUGUCUCGUUCAUAUUCGCUCUGAAGGUUUUACUAUUACUUGGCUACGAAAUGAAACAGGUUGUGAUCACUUGCUAUUAUGGUGACAAACUAAUGGAUAGUAGCGCCAACUUGUUCAAUGUCGUUUAUGCUCACGAUUGGACCGAUGGUACGCCCGCAUACAAACGUCUCGUAUUGAUUAUGUUGAUACGCACUUAUCGGCCCAUAGCUUUGAAUGUCGCUGGCAUAGCAGACGUUUCGCUAAUUACACUAAAGCAGGUUCUGAGCACUUCUUAUCAAAUCUUCGCCGUUCUAAAAACAGCAUAAAAAAGCAAAAAUGCCACAUUUGUUGUGAAACGCAAU